ACGGCAGACGCCGCUGUGGUCACAUUACUAACUGCAUCGCCCUUUGAGACAACUGUAGAUCAGUAAGGCAUCAGCUCCCCCCUCGCUUAUGUUUCGGGGACUUGUAGUUUGUAGUGUAAAGAAAGCCGGCGCAAGGUAGGGGCCUUCGUGAGAGUAAAACUACAGUUCCCUCAGAGCUACUCGGAGGUGUUAGUUGUCAAUAUGGCUGUUGUCAGCCAGACAAAGCAGAGAGGCAAAUAAUUCGCCUCUGAUUAGAAAUCCUCGGUAAGGGGUCGGACGGGGCACUGGAAUCAUAUCGCGUUAUUGUUCGGCUCCAGUAAAAGACACAACGGGUCUUUGCUCAAGUUCUACAGUUAAAUGGUUAAGUGGACGAUUUGAACUGAGCAGCAGGAUGUCUGAGUUCAGCGAGGAGCCGCGCUUCACCAUCGAGCAGAUAGAUCUGCUGCAGCGGCUGCGUCGCACCGGCAUGAACAAGCAGGAGAUCCUGCACGCUCUCGACACUCUGGACCGGCUGGACCGGGAGCACGGCGACAAGUUUGGGCGCCGCACCUCUUCUUCCUCCUCCUCCUCGUCCUGCUACGGAGUGGGCGGGGCCAACAACACCUCUGCCUCCAACACUACUACAUCAUUCAACAAUAACAACACUGCCUCAGCAACCGCCACCUCUUCCGCGACGUGCAACGGCAACAGCGGUGAGAGCAACAGUGGAGGCGAUCACUCCGCCGCCGCCUCCUCCUCCACCACCUCCAAAAUCUCCACCGCCACGCAGACGCAGUUCGGCAACGCGGGGGGACUCUCGCCUUCGCCUAGCAACAGCUACGAUACCUCCCCGCCUCCGGGCCCACCUCCGCCUUCCGCCAUCUUGCCCUCGCCAGUCUCGCUGGUGGCUCUGACGCAGAACGGGCGGGAUAGCCUAGCCGCCACGCCCAACGGGAAGCUGUCCCCUCCCAGAUACCCAGUGAACAGCGCGGCGGCAGCGCGGGCGUUUGGGUUCGAAGCCACAGAGGAGGACCUGGACAUUGACGAUAAGGUGGAGGAGCUGUUGAGGAGGGACGGCAGCAUGGUGAAAGAGGAGAUCAAAGCCUUCCUGGGGAACAGGAGGAUCUCUCAGGCAGUGGUGGCACAAGUUACCGGCAUCAGCCAGAGCAGGAUCUCCCAUUGGCUGCUACAGCACGGCUCCGACCUGAGUGAGCAGAAGAAGAGGGCCUUCUACCGCUGGUACACGCUGGAGAAAACCACGCCAGGUGCCACUCUGAACAUGCGGCCAGCUCCGUUACCUCUGGAGGAAAUGGAGUGGAGGCAAACCCCACCCCCCAUCACCACUGCCCCCGGAACCUUCCGGCUGCGUCGAGGAAGUCGCUUCACCUGGAGAAAAGAGUGCCUGGCUGUGAUGGAGAGCUACUUCAACGACAACCAGUACCCAGAUGAGGCCAAACGGGAGGAGAUAGCAAACGCCUGCAAUGCUGUUAUUCAGAAGCCAGGGAAGAAGCUGUCUGAUCUGGAAAGGGUUACCUCGCUGAAAGUUUACAACUGGUUCGCCAACCGUCGCAAAGAGAUCAAGAGACGGGCCAACAUUGAAGCCACAAUCCUGGAGAGUCAUGGGAUAGACGUCCAGAGUCCAGGGGGACACUCCAACAGCGACGACAUCGAUGGGAACGACUUCUCAGAGCAGGCAUGUGACCUGCCCUAUUUUGAUAAGAGACCUCUCAGCCGACCCUUUGGCCUUUACCGGCUGGAGCCCACCUCGCCAACACAGGACGACGGCGCGGCGCACAGCGAGCACCAGGACCCCAUCUCUCUGGCUGUGGAGAUGGCUGCCGUCAACCACACCAUCUUGGCCCUGUCCCGGACCGGAGGGGUGCCCAGCGACAUCAAGACGGAGUCCCUGGAGGAUGAAUGAACUGCCCAGGAAAACUGGAUGGAGAGAAAUGACACAGUCGAGAGGGAGGAAAAGGAAGGAGGAGUGAAACGGGGAGCUUAAAAAAAUAAAAUAGAGACCAAAAUACUUUCUACUUAGUAAACCAGUGAAUCUGUCCCUCACCCUGCCCCCUUCCUUCUGUCUCGCUCUGUGCUUCCCCCCUACACUCCCCUCCUCCCACAAAAUCCAUGUAAACGGUAAUUCCCCCCACCCCGAAGAAAAGGGGGGCAAUCCAGGCCUUUAACCCCCAAAACGGUGGCCGUUGUCUGGGUCGUGUGUCUCCCACGAACUCCGAAUCUGAACACACUCUCUCUCCUCACAGGACACCUCUUCUCUUCCCUCUCCUCCUCCUUACCCCCCCUCUCCUUCCCUUUCCAGCCUGGUUUUCUGAGCCAAUCCUCAGUCUGUCUCACCUCAGCAACAACCUCAGAAAAAUAACGUGUACUGUAUAUAUAAUAUAUACAUAUAUAUAUAUAUGGUUCUCAGCCACACUCUACCUACCAAUGUACCCCUCAAAAAUUCACCCUCUUCAUUGUGCAAUUCAUCGGAAGAGCAGCCUCCAGCCGUUGUCUGGGGAAAGAUGGAUGAAAAGAUGGAGGGUGAGAGUUUCCUUUUUUCCCCUCUGUGGCACCGAGGCGGUCUGAAAGGACAAUAACUGUCACAUCACCGUCCUUUAUCUUCUCUAGUUAUCAUUCCUCAGUGGAGUGGCUUUUUGCUUUUUGCUUUCUGACAGCCGAUCUGCUGUUGGAUGAAAACCUCUAAAAAGUCAGCUAAGAAGAAGUAGCCUUAAUUUCAUACUGACGACUACACCUUUUUACUUUUUGCAGUACACAGCAGGGUUUUUUUCUUCCUUACAAGAAACAAGAAACGUUUUAGUAUAUGCAUCAAAAAUGUGAAUGAUUUGUGUUGAGGUUUAUGUCCAACAGCAGCAGUGGUUUGAGUUCAGUUUGAGCCCAUAUGGCGACUGGAUGUACAAUCAUUUUGCCUUGGGAUUUAGCUUCCCAGUGACACUAUUAUGUACCUGAGGCUAUGAGAAUCAAUUUAGGGUAAAUGUGAUAAUCAAGCAAAGUUAAGCUAAUCUGAUAAGGGGAAUUGUGCUUUGUUUUAAAUGUCAUCAAUGCCAAAGGAAUAGAUGCUCCGGAGCAACAAGCUAAGCUAACACUGAUCUAAAAAUGGUGUUCACCACGUUCAUCCAAAGCGAUUUCCAGGAACUCCCUUUGGCGUCCGUAGGUUGUUUCUCCUCUCAGUGAAGCGUCUCGAGCCAGCGGGCCGCUGUCCGUUGGGUUUGGCUCUACAGCAGGCCUGUGUCGGUAGAGAUAGGUAUUAGCAGCCAGACAUACAACGAUAAAAUACCCCCAAGCUAUUUACUACUUGUUCUGUGACGCUGCCUCUUUAUAUAAUAAUCCUCAAGAAUGUGCAUUCAGAAGAUUACUCUUUUUUUUUUUUUUUUAUAUCAGUGCUAUCGGUUUAGACCAAAUCCACACUGGAACUGGUUAAGAAUAUCCAAACUUCUGAGGCAAUGAUUUUGUAAUUAUUUCAUCUAUAUAGCCUCAAAGGUAAAAGCACCACUUUGAAGGGAAUCAAAGACAUUUAAAGUGGUGAUAUUGGAAAUAAUGUCCCACUUUCCUUUUAGCCCCAGGUGGAACUUCUCCAAAACCAUCUUUGACCGGAGAUCAUCAUGCUGUGUUCCAUUUUCAAGGUAUAGCUUCUCAUUCUCAAGUACUACUCUACAAAUUUAGCCUUGGAGUGAGACAGGUAAAGUAGUAGUGACACGAGAAGAUGAAUACCACCCUCGCAAUGUCUGCAUGCUUAAUAUAAAGCUAGAAUAAGGAGAGAGCCGAGCUUAGCUUAGCUUAGCUUAGCAUGAAGACCGGAUCCAGCUAGCCUGGCUCUGUCCAAAGGUAAAAUUAGCUUUCUACUCACACCUCUAUAGCCCACCUAUUAACCCUUUAUAUUUGCUCUUAUUGAAGCCAUACUAAAAAUGUCGUGGUUUUACCUGCUCAAACUAUUUUUUGGUCUGGUACUGAAAUACUUUUACAGGAGACGUAAGCUUUUGAGGUGCUAGUAGAACGAUAUUUUGACUUUUGGGCGGAAGCAGGCGAGCUGUUUUCUCUUGCUUCCAGUCUCUAUGCUAAACUAAGCUAGGCUAACGUCUCCUCCCUGUAUCUUGAUAUUUAGCGUACAGACGUGGUAUCAAUCUUCUCAUCUAGGUCCCAGCAAGGCCCCACAUAAGCUCACUCCUCCAAGGGUCUGACUACUGCUUUGAAGGAACCCCUGCCUUAGGGACGGUUUCGGAGAACUGGGAACUAUUCCACAAAGCAGGAACUCUCAUGUACAUCCUCAUGUUUUAAACAGUUAAAUAUGGACAUUAAUAAUGAGCCCCGGGCUCUAGUCUAGUAAAGCUCUAUUUAAAUCUUUAAUAAAUCGCUUCUGCGAUUACAGUGACUCCGUACUGGGAACUGUGUUUCAAAAAAGGGUUGAAAGAUAAAAACAAUAUGUAUUUAUACUCGUUUUUUUAUGGUAAUGUACAAAAAAAGACGUUUUUUGAAAUGAAACCUGCUUUUUAUUGUUAAAUUAAUCAUGCUUUUUAAUUUCUCCUGGCUUAUUUUAACAUUAUCCUUUUAACUGUUUUAAAUCUUUGUGUCAUCCCUUAUUUGACUGAACAACAGUCGCUCGUCCCCCCCCCCCCCCCCCGCCUGUGUCAAGCUACUUGUGAAAGAUGAAAACUGAGCACCUUAUAGAAUAAGAAGCUUAAAAUGUGACCUUCCCUCCCCGAGCUUUGCUUUGAUCGUCCAAUACAAUAUUAUUGCCCCCCCCCCCCCCCCCCCAUUUCAGAACAGCUUCUCUCUCACCAUAUCAUAUUUAACUGAAGCCACCACCAUGUGCUAUUCUCACUGCCACACCAAACUUCAAAGUGAAAUGUAGUCAUAAUGUUGACCCUCCUCUUGCAAACUGUGAACUCAUAAAACAUGGUUUAGAGAAAUAAUUACAUUUAUUAUGACGUUAUUUGUUACUAGGUGCCAGAGGUGUGUUCUUGAGACUUGCUGACUUGGACUCGAGUCACUGUUUUGAUGGCUUGCGACUUAAAAAUAAAUAACUUGAGACUCAACGAAAAAUAAAUGACUAGACUUGAGGCUUCCGUUGCCACACUAUUAAAGUUAUUAGAAACAAUUAUGCGAUUUGGUGAAAUGUGUUCCAUAUCUGGAACUGUAAACAAACUGAAAUGGCAGAGAUGGAACCAGGGGACUGAGUCACUGUAAGUUUGGCUACUGAAACCCAAACCUCUG